AUGGCCAUCUCUCAGUUUUCUCCUUCUAAGAGAAGCCAAUACGAUCCGUCCACCAAGCUGAAACAGAGGAAGGCCUCGGAGUUCAAGAAGAAGCUGGUGAAGAAAAACCCUUGUGGCACUCAACAUGACAAAAUCAACAAAGGGGAAACUCACAACAUCGAGAAGCCGUUAAUAAGCUAUAAAAAGAUCGGGGACAAAACCGCUGAUCAUUCGGCUUAUGGAAAACCCAAAUCCUCUGCCCUUCACAGAGCACACGAGGUUCAAGCUAAGCUGCCAUCUAAUUUUCCUUCUUGUGUGAAGCACAUGCUCCGAUCUCAUGUUACCGGUGGAUUUUGGUUGAGUUUGCCUAAGCAAUUCUGCGAUAUCCAUUUGCCCAAGAAAAAUGAUAUCGUUGUUUUGGUGGACGAAAAUGGAGAAGAAUACAAAACAAAAUACCUGGUGGAGAAGAACGGAUUGAGUGGUGGAUGGAGAGGUUUCUCUAUUGCACACAACUUGCUUGAGGGGGAUGUCCUAGUUUUCCAAUUGAUUAAACCUUGUGUACUUAAGGUUUACAUUGUUAGAGCAAAUGGCUUGACAGAACUCGAUGGAGCCAUCUGCCUUCUGAAUUUGGAUUUUCAAGAUAAAUCAAUUGAUAAUGAAGAAAAUGAAGAUGUGAAGAACUGUAAGACAGCAGAGCUAGACUACUCGGGACCUCUCGCUAAUGUUCUUGAGAGAGGCAUAGUUGCAGUAAGUUCAGGCCACAUGCCGGAAUCAGCCCGAUCAGCUAACGAUAACAACGAAUUAAGUCUGGAGGUUUUGGAUGGCGUUAGAUUUUCAGAAUCGGAUAUGCAGUUCAAAGAUGUGAAGGAUUUCAAUGGUUUCAGCAUUCUUGUGGAUGGCCUAGUCAUAGACUCAGAGAUACCUCUGCACCUACGAGCCAAGUAUUAUCAGCUCUGCUGCAGUCAAAAUUCAUUCCUUCAUGAUCAUCUCAUCAAGGGGCUGAACUGCAAGCUGGCUGCUGGAAUAAUUUCUGAAACAGUUAACAUUGCAGAUGCAAUUAGAGCAGCCAAGCUGAAGACUUCUUGCGAGUACCUCCAAACAUGGGACAAAACUCUCAAGGCUUUCGAGGAUAUGGGCAUGGCGGUUGAAUUUUUGCGUGCACGAAUAAAGGCACUUAUUUCUCUUCCAACCGAACAAGAAGAGAGCAUGAAAUCAAAGACAGCUGAGAGAGCUCAAUUACAAGAGGAGAUGAGAAAUCUUGAAACCAAGCUUUUGAACGUGAAAGAGGUAAUCAGGACUCUUGAUGCUGAUAUAAAGGCUCUCGAGGUCCAAGAGGAAAAUCUCGAGGAAAUAUUCAAGGAAAAAGUAACUGCACCUUGGUAAUGCUCCUUAUGUCUGUGGUCAAUCAUUCAUUACUCCCUGCCGGUGAUAUUUUGAAGGCAAUUGAAUCACCUACCUGCUGGUGAUAUUUUGAAGGCAAUAUGUAUUACCUCUUUGUUUCAUC